AUGAACACAGCUUACUACGAAGAUUCAAAGAUGUUAAACGCAAUAUUUCCGGGCAAUAAUGCGAUCGAAUCAGCACAAAGAAGCAUUCCGACGUAUUCUAUUUUUGGGAUCGACACUCAUACAGCAAUCAAUCAAGAAGACCAACAAUUUCUCGACGAGUUGAUCGAUCGCCUGAUGAGAGCUCCAUUGACGGGGAGGGCGGAGAAAUCGCUGAUCUUCCCACUUAGUCGAAUCAUCAGCUCGCGAAACAAUUCAACUGCGCCUCUCGUCAACGUCUUCGUCACGCCAAAUGAGAUCCGUCGUCUCACUCAUCUCUGCAUCGAAUCCUUCAAAGCACAGCCAAUGCUACUACGGCUCAAUCCAGCGCCUAGAUUGCACAUCUUCGGCGAUUUGCACGGUCAACUGCGAGAUUUGAGAACACAAAUCAACGAAAUUGGACUCCCAAUCGAUCAAUCGGACAGUCUGCAAUACCUCUUCUUAGGUGACUAUGUUGAUCGAGGCGUGCAGAGUGUUGAGACGUUUGUAUUGUUGGCGGCGUUGAAGUGCCGUUAUCCGAGAGCCGUUUACAUGUUAAGGGGCAACCACGAAGAUCACAACACAGCAAUCACAUAUGGUUUUUACGAUGAGAUUAUGUCCAAAUAUGCGAAUACAGUCAAUCCGUCGAAUAAAGGAAAAGGUGAACGAAUAUGGCUCCAUUUUGUGUCAAUCUUCAAUUGGAUGCCCGUGGCGGCUCUUAUUGGAGAGAAGAUUCUCGCAAUGCACGGUGGACUCUCUCCACAUCUCACCAAUCUUCAACAAAUCAAUCAAAUACCCCGUCCCACGCUGACCCCUUCGUAUGGUUUAAUGUGUGACCUGUUAUGGUCAGACCCCGAGCCAUUGAGUGAUCCAACGGCUAGCUGGGCAAUGUCGUCUCGUGGAAUCUCGUUCACUUUCGAUGAGCGAACCGUCAUCUCGUUUUGCCAUCGACAUCACAUCGAGCUCAUCGUGCGCGCCCAUCAGAUCAACACCGAGAUGUUACAACACGGGCACAAAUGGUUUGGUCAAAAUGGCCGUUUGGUGACACUCUUCUCCGCGCCCAAUUACCUCAACAUGGGCAAUGCUGGUGGAGUUCUCGUCGUUGAGCCAUCUACGACUACAGCGAACGCUUACCGAGUACGAGUUCAU